AGAACUUCCAACAGGCUCUGAAGUUGCACAGAAAUGCAACUUCCCGAGGAGUGACUUGUCUCCGGCAGGUUUUCAUCCGUCUUAUAUGCCAUCUCUCGUGAGACGACAUACCCACGAUCCACUGCUCUUAUCCCAAUGACAACCUCAUCAUGCGUCUUCAGGGUAUUCUCCUCUCGGCUGCCCUCGCAGCAGCCUCACUCGCCGACGUGGACGUCGCCAUCAUCGGCGCCGGCUUAUCCGGCCUGUCAGCCGCCAAAGACCUCGCCGCGGCCGGCAAAUCCUUUGCCAUUCUUGAAGCCCGCGAUCGCGUUGGAGGUCGAGUCCUAAAUGUCGAGUUGCCCGGGGGUAUUGUCGAGGAGGUAGGGGCAGAAUUCGUCGGUCCGACCCAGGAUCGUGUCCUGGCACUUGCAGCCGAGCUCGGGUUGACCACGUAUCCCACUUACAACACGGGGAAUUGCACCUUGCUGCGAAAUGACACGGUGACCAACUAUCCUUGCGAUCUGGGGAGUGGUGGAUUGCCUCCUGUGGACAUGGAGGCGUUGAUCGAGCUGGUCACUCUCCAGCAACGGCUCAACACCCUGGCUGCUGAACUUGAUGUGCAGUCACCAUGGAACCACAUCAACGCUUCAAUAUUGGAUAGCAUGACGGUGGCUACCUUCUUUGCAUCACAGCUUACUCUGUCGGAUGCGCAAUUUCUCAUCGAUACCGCCGUCACCGGGAUUCUCUCCACCGAGACCAACGAGCCGUCCUUGCUUUAUAUGCUGGCUUAUAUCGCGGCCAGUGGGAAUGAAACCACACUCGGAACACUGGAUCGUCUUAUCGGGGUGGCUGGUGGGGCACAAGAAAGUCGCAUCAACGGAGGGACACAGCUGAUCGCGUUAAAGUUGGCAGACAGACUGGGUGCAGAGAAUAUCUACCUCCAAAGUCCUGUCCGCAGGAUUCAGCGCCACGAUGAGGGAUACCUCGUCGUCUCAGACCAGGUACAAAUCACAGCCAAGAGAGUCGUCGUGGCAAUGUCUCCUCCUCUGGCCGCACGGAUUGUAUACGACCCACCCCUCCCCCCAGGACGAGACCAUCUCACCCAGCGCAUGCCCAUGGGCUCCAUCGGCAAGGCAAUCGCCAUCUAUCCGACCCCAUGGUGGCGCAACCUGGGCCUCAACGCACAGGCCCUCGCCGAUACGGGCGUCAUUCGCAUCACCUACGACAACACACCAGUCGAUGAAUCCUUCGGUGCACUCAUGGGCUUCAUCGUCGCCGACGAAAUGCGACGCUUAGACAAGAUGAACCAGACAGAAAUGGCCGCCCUCGUCACCCAAAGCUUCGUGAACAUGUUCGGCCCAAACGCCGCGACCCCAAUCCAUGUGAUCAUCCAACGCUGGGACCUGGAAGAGUACUCGCGCGGUGGCCCAGUAGCAUACGCCCCUCCCGGCCUCCUCACCGACUACGGCGACUCUCUCCGCGAUCCCGUCAAAGGAAUCCACUUUGCCGGAACCGAAACAUCAACCUACUGGAUUGGAUACAUGGACGGGGCCAUCCGAUCGGGGGAACGAGUCGCAGCCGAGAUUCUUCAAACCAUCUAACCCCCAAA